AUGGCAAACUACACGCCCCCAGCAGAAUUCAUCCUGACAGGCUUUUCAGCAACGAGGGAGCUGCAGAAAAUUCUACUUGCGCCGUGUCUAGCACUCUACCUAGUGAUGAUAGCCGGGAAUGCUUCUGUUGUGGCCAUGAUCAGUUUUGAUUCCCGGCUUCACUCCCCCAUGUACUUUUUCCUAUGUAAUUUCUCUGUAGCAGAGAUGCUGGUCACAUCCACUGUGGUUCCCAGAAUGCUAGUGGGUUUAGUGGCUGAAAGGGAUACCAUCCCCUUUGGACAAUGCUUGGCUCAAUUUUAUUUCUACUUUUCCUUGGGGACAACGGUCUUCCUCCUUAUGGCUGUAAUGUCGAUCGACCGCUACGUGGCCAUAUGCCAUCCCCUCCACUACUCGACCAUCCUGACUGACAAUGUCUGCAUCCAAUUGGCUUUGGGGGCAUGGGCAACUUCCUUCUUUUCCAUGAUCCCACCAGCGGUGCUCAGGGCCAGGAUGCCAUUUUGCCACUCCAACCAGAUCGACCAUUUCUUCUGCGACAACGCCCCUUUGCUCAAGCUGUCCUGUUCGGACACACACCUCAUCGAGCUCUGGGAUUUCCUCCUCGCUGUUCUCUUUGACUUGAGCUCUUUCGCGGUGACGGUCACCUCCUACGUCGCGAUCAUCGUCGCCAUCGUGAGGAUCCCUUCCGCAACUGGCCGCCAGAAGGCCUUCUCCACCUGUGCCUCACACUUCACCGUGGUCGUCAUUGGCUAUGGCACCACCAUUUUCAUCUAUGUGAGGCCCAACAAAAACUACGCCACAGACAUGAACAAAAUGGUCGCCCUGUUGACCGCUGUAGUGACUCCAUUUCUAAAUCCCUUCAUCUUCACCUUGAGAAAUGAGAAAGUCAAAGAGGUCUUUAAAGACUGGUUGGGGCAUCUAAGAGGUCUGUAG